UGUGUGGGCGGAACAAAAGCAGGAAGUGCUUAGUGAGACUAUCUCGGGGACCUGGUAGAAUAAAGCAGUUUAAGCUAUAGUGGCUGGUUUACCGGUGUAAGAUGUGGUUCUUUGCCAGUAUAUUAGUUCUGCUUGUGGCUGGGAAACUAGUAGAUUCUGCUGGUCAGAACAGCACAGCUCCUCCUCAAGCUGCUGACGUUACCACAAAGUAUAAUUCACAGAACACAACCACAAAGCAUAAUGUCCAGGAAACUUUCUUUGGGGCCAACGUUCAGAUGGUGCAGAGAGCAUUUUAUGUGUUGAUUGGAAUCUCGUUGCUUGCUGUGCUAUACUUCAUCAUCCGAACUCUAAGGCUUAAGAAGAAACCUAUAAAGAAAAAAUAUGGCCUUUUGUCAGACUAUGAUGAGAACAUGGAGAUGGGAUCAUUAGACAGCGAUGAGGAGAAAAUUUUUGAGGCCAGGAGCCUAAGAAGGUGACCAAUAAGGAUGACUUAACUGUCACAUCAUCAAGAAAACGCUUUAAAACCUGGAGCUGUUUCUGUCCAUGUUAUGUCGCUGACUGGUUCCUGGUUGCCCAGUGUAUUGAUUGGAAUAAAACAUAGUGACACACUUUGUACUAAUCCUGAAUGAUGCACUGAAGGAACUGGCUGUUAUAAUUCAUGUUUGGUGGAGACCCUAAAUAAUUCUGUGCCUAAUACCCCGCUUUGUGCUAGGAGAAAUAUUUUUUUUUUUUUUGGUGUGCUCUUUCCAAAAAAAACAAAAAAGCAGAUAGUGGACACAACCAUAUCCCAAUCUUUUUGCUGAAUCUUGGUGUUAUCUUGUGACUGUGGGCCCCUACGCACAGGCAUUUUGUCCAUCUUAUUGAAAAUGCUAUUUUUCGGUUAUUUUAAAAGGUUGUUUAUGGAUUUGGGUUUUUUAUUUUGCACAAUUGCAAAGGAUUAACAUUUGUGUAAAUAAAUGAACUAUGCUGCACAUAAUUUUACAAGGUGCAGUGUAAGAAAGCGUAUAGAAGUGCCAACACCUAUUUGUAAAAUGAGCUGUAUAGAAUCUCUGAUUUCAUUUUCUUACCACACAUCGAAAAAGGCACCAAAGAACUUGUAGUGUACAGGCAUCUAUUUUGCAACCAGCAUGAUGAAUAUUUUAUGGUUACAGAGACUAAGUAAUGGUGUUCUAUGCCUUCUUCUUAUAGGCUUGAAAUUUAAUUCUGUUUUUCAUACUCUGCUGAUAUUGCUAUUGGGAAUUUUUGUAACAAACAUUUAUUUUUCUCAGUCUAAUUUUUAUUACUAAAUAAACAUUCCAUUUUCUUCCUAAAACUA